GCUUGCACUUGCAGUCUGUGUUUUUUCAGUGUCAGCGCCUCCGUAGAGCGACAGACACACCUGUGAGCAGCUUAAAUCACCGCCGUAGAUCCGCCGCACCACACUCGCAACCAAAGACCCGCCAUGAUUCGCCGGACGCUCGCCUGCGCGCUGGCCAUCGCCGGCGCUACAGCGUUCGUCGCCGCGCCGCCGGCGCGCGCCGCCACGGCCCUCUGCGCCAGCCACGGCAAGCGUGGUUUCAAGAAGCUGUCACUUCCUGCUGACCAGCGCAAGGCGCUGCUGCGUUCGCUCACGACGGAGACGAUCCGCCACGGCCGCAUCACGACGACGCACACGCGCGCCAAGGAGGUCCAGAAGCACGUGGACAAGAUGAUCACGCUCGGCAAGCGCGGCGACCUGCACGCGCGGCGCCAGGCCAUGGCCUGGAUGUACGACAAGCAGCUCGUGCACGCGCUCUUCGACUCGGCGGCGGGCCGCUACGCCGACCGCGAGGGCGGCUACACGCGCGUGCUGCGCACGAUGCCGCGGGCGGGCGAUAACGCGCCCAUGGGCAUCCUCGAGCUCGUCUAAGGCUCGGGGUCGUUCGCCGCGAGAAAAGGACGUGUUUAAUAAUACUUACGAAGU